AUGUCUCUUCCAGACCCCCCAGCACGCACAUCAGAGGACCAAGUCCUCUGCCUCACAAUCCUCGGCUACCGCAAACCAGGCAUGACCGAAGAAGCCUACCGGAAGCACAUGAAGGAGGUCUCCGCACCACUGACGACAGGACUGAUGGUGAAAUACGGGAUAAUGCGAUGGACCCAGAUCCACAACACGAGCUCGACCCGCGAGCUGAUGUAUCAGAUCAUGGACCCGCAGAUGGCGAAUAUCGCGGACUACGACUGCUUCAGUCAGGUGGUGUUUCGCAGUUUCGAGGACUAUAAGAAGAUCAAGGACGAUCCGUGGUAUAAGGAGCAUUUGGUCGGGGACCAUGAGAAUUUUGCGGAUACGAAGAGGAGCAAGAUGACAAUCGGAUGGAUAUCGCAGUUCAUCGACAAGGGCGUCGAGGGUCUUUCCUCUCUGGUACCGUCCCUUAUGAUAUCCCAAAAUUCCAAAUUCUAUAAAAUUAACUACAAAUCAGGAGCAAUGAUAACCCUCAGCACAAUCACCGUCCCGGUGCUACUCGACACAACAACGCACCCACCGCAACUCCUCCACCAAUGGGUGCGAACAUACCACUACGGCCACAUCUCGCUGCCCUCAAUCUCCAUAGUCACUGCAGUGUUAUACUUCUACAUCGCUGCGUGUCAGAGUUCACGGAAGAAGCCGUGGCGGAGAGCUGCGCUCGUGGGGGUGUUGACGCUUAUCAUGGUCCCGUUUACGUGGGUUUGUAUGACGGCGACGAAUAAUGUACUUUUUGGAUUGCAGAGGGAGAGCUGGAAUUUGAAUCAGACUGGGGGUGAGGGUGAGGUGACGGCAACACUGGAAGGGGUGAGGGGGCUGGUUGUGCGAUGGGGGUGGAUGCAUCUGGUCAGGAUAUCUAGAAUGCCUUCUCUACGCUCAUUCUUCCGCCUCAAGCCACGUCCCUCGCAAGCAGAGAUAGACGGCGGUCCCCUCGUCAAUGAACCCUCAGUCUUCCUCCACAUCGAGCGAGGCCUACAUCAAAACCCGCACGGCCUCGCAGUAAUAAGCACCCACCAACCACCAGACCACCUCGCCUCGCUAAUCAACAACCAAAGCCAAAGCCAACAUGAACCCUGUCUAGCAUGGACAUACACCCAGCUCCAUCGCGCAGCACUGCAACUGGCAGGCGGGAUGCUAGCCAGCGGCGUGCAGCCGAAUACAGCCAUACUCCUGCUCAUCCCCAAUGGCAUCGAGUAUACAAUCCUGCUCUGGGCAGCGGUUAUUCUGCGGCUUACGAUCGUAUCGCUGGACCUGGGACUGCUCGAUAUCUCGAAACACGACGAGUUGCGGGAUCUGCUCCGGCGGGUGAAACCGGCUGUUAUCGUGGUGCAGGAUGCAUAUGAAGCAAAUACAUUGGACAUCGUACGGCGGAAUAUCCCUCUUCCAGGAAGUGAUACAAACGAAGAUGGGAGCAUUCUCGGAAUUACACUCACAGAACCGGCGAUUUCAUAUCCAUCAACGGCAUCAAUCUGGAAAUCCUUGUUAACACUCGCAUCCUCAGCUGUUGAACCUUGGUUAAUAGAAUCCCUCUUAUCCGCUGCCCGCUCCGACAAUCCAACUCGUAUACAUUCUAUCCUCUUCACUUCCGGGACAUCUGGAAAACCAAAAGGGUGUCCACUGCUCGUCUCAGGAAUUAGUCAUGUACUGCAGUCGCAGUCCUGGCUGCUAACCCCAGAGAACGGCAGACGGGCGCUACAGCAGGCUCAUAAUGCGAGAGGUAUUGCACCGGCGCAGACGCUGCAGACGUGGCGAGGGGGCGGGACGGUCGUUAUGACAAGAAAUGGAUUUAAUGUGGAUGAUUUGUUAGAUGCGGUGAAGAGGUAUAAGGUGACGUUUAUUGUGCUGACGCCGGCGAUGGUGCAUGCUGUUUCCGUGGAGUUGGGCAAGGGGGUUUAUAACGGGGAUAUUGAUGUUGAUUGUGUGCGGACGGUGCAGGUUGGUGGGGAUGCGGUGACGAGGGAUGUCCUGGAGAAAUGUGGCCGGCUAUUCCCUAAAGCGAGGGUUGUGAUUAACCAUGGGAUGACGGAGGUGGGCGGGGGAGGAGUGUUUACUUGGCCGUUUACAGCGAUGAAGCAGAUUCCGUUCUAUGGCGAGAUGAGUCCGGUUGGGGCGGUUGCUGCAGGGGCAGUGGUGAGGAUCUGGGAUGAAGAGAAAGUGGCCAGGAGAGGGAAGCUGGGCGAGCUGCAUGUCUGCUGUGGGAGCACAAUCCAGGAAUAUCUGGACGGCGUUUCAGGCGAUUCAUUCUAUGAAGAAAGAGGGAGGAGAUGGUUCAACACGGGCGAUGUGGGAAUGAUGGACAGCGAGGGCAUCGUGUUUGUGCUGGGGAGGAAGAAGGACAUGAUCUCGGGCGUGAUGCCAGCUCUGCUUGAGAGUUGUCUGGAGAAGUUUGCGUCUACUCAGGCGUGUGUGGUCAAUGCCGGCGGUCCCUUUGCGGUACUUGAACACUCCAGCAAGACAGAGACGGAGAUCAAAACACACAUUACUGCCGCUCUUGGGGAGAAUACACUGCAAGGAGUCUUGUUUCUGCAGGAUAUUGGACUAGAAAGGUUUCCAGUCAAUGCAACGCACAAGAUCAUCCGAUCGGAGGUGGAGGCUGCUGUAUUGGCGUACCUAGAUAGUGUUUAA